UCACUAUGCGCCCCCUAUGUAAGCAAGUGUUGUUAUUUAAUGUUUAGCUUUUCACCCAGAGAAAAUUGUAAUACUUAUAUACACACCACCCAGGUAUUUUUGGCACAGUGACAGUCACCACAAUGAAACUGAUAAAUAAUUUGUCAUAACUACAAUCUCAGUCUUGCUUUUUACGGAUAACCAUCGCUAAAUUUGAGUCUGAAGCGCCUGCUGAAAUUGCUGAAAUCAAAACACAGACGUAACAGCCAGCGCUGCAGUACAGAUCAUCAUCAGCUCAUUUUACUCUUACUGGUGGUUCAACUUCAGGACUCUGAACAUCAUCAUGACAACACUAACAAGGCAGGAUCUCAACUUUGGACAAGUGGUGGCUGACAUACUGUGUGAAUUUCUGGAGGUGGCCAUCCAUCUCAUCUUGUAUGUGCGGGAAGUAUAUCCAUCUGGCAUAUUUCAGAAGAGGAAGAAGUAUAAUGUCCCUGUACAGAUGUCGUGCCACCCAGAGUUGAACCGUUAUAUUCAGGACACCCUGCACUGUGUCAAGCCUCUCAUUGAGAAGAAUGAUGUAGAAAAAGUGGUGGUGGUCAUUAUGGACAAAGACCACCACCCAGUGGAGAGAUUUGUGUUUGAGAUUUCACAGCCACCUCUACUUUCCAUCAGCUCUGAUACUUUGCUCUCCCAUGUGGAACAACUACUGAGAGCAGUUAUCCUCAAAAUCAGUGUCUGUGAUGCAGUCCUUGACAACAACCCACCUGGGUGUACAUUUACUGUGCUGGUGCACACAAGGGAGGCUGCCACACGCAAUAUGGAAAAGAUUCAAGUCAUCAAGGAUUUCCCCUGGAUAGUUGCUGAUGAACAGGAAGUGCACAUGCGUGAACCCCGACUUAUACCUUUAAAAACAAUGACGUCUGACAUUGUAAAAAUGCAGCUUUAUGUAGAAGAAAGGGCUCAGAAGGCAUCUUGAUGCCCACUCCGUUGGCUCUGCCCAGAAGGCCAUCAAACAGGAGGAUUUAAAUCCUCAAACCGUGACUGUGAUGCUUUGCAGUCAGAGCUUCAGCUGGCAUUGUUUUAAUAAAACCUUUGGUAAAAACCUGAGGGAGGUGUUGGCAUCCAACAUCCAUAAUAUUAGCGUGAUGGUCCAUUAAGCAUCAUAUGGCCAGAAUGUUUAUUGUAUAUCAUUGCACAUUUUGACAUUUUUUGUAUGUUUAUGCAUUUAGAUAAUCACAGUAUUGCCUUUAAUAAUGAAUGCGCAAAGAGGGUCAUAAUUCAAAUAAUUUAACUGAAUUACAGUGACCUGUCUUUCCAUAUUGCUUUGUAGAAAGCCCCAGUUUGUUUUUGCCAUGUAAAAUAUAUAGAUAUAUUUCUUGCAAAAGUGGAAGUGGAUAUAUGUUCAUAAACAACUUGUCUGCUGUGAUUUCAGUCAGGUCUUGUGUUGACGAGUCGUUCCUUUUCGCUGCUCAUGAUAUGCCCUAAGUCUGUAGGGUAUAUCUCCGGUCAUAGCUCAUUUUUUCAUAAAUCCUUCCUCACUUCUACGAUAUCGUCUCAAUAAAAGGCUAAUAAAACAGAUGUACCUCAGUUUAUUUACCAUGUAGGUUUGAUAAAUGACUUGGAUAUACAGUAGCUAUAAUAAA